AUGAAGGGUGUCAUACCCUUCCCGUUGGGUCUCACCCUGGGGACAGAUGUCUGCAUGAUCCCCCGAGUUUACUCCCUCAUCACCACAAAUCAGGGCACGCCCAUCAUCCCCACUCUCGCCCGGCCCUUCAACGUGAUCAACAAUGUGGACAGGUUCACAAAGAAGCUGCUGACGCAAAACGAGAGGGAACGGUUGGAGGAGCUGCCCGUCUACCUCAAUGCGGUGAAGGUCAUGUCGUUUCGGGACGGGGUCGGUCCGGUAAAGCACAAGAAUCUGCUUGGGAGACAGCGAUCGGAAAGAAGGGGGGAGAUUUGGAAACUGGCGGAGUGGUUGGCUGGGCGGUGGGCGGCGAAGGAGGCAGUAAUCAAGGCUCAUGCUUUUCGGGCGGGGACGUCAGCAGGGAAGGUCACGUUUGGGGGGGUGGAGAUUAUGGUUGAGGGUGAGGAGAAUUUGGGGAGGAGGGUGGAGGAGACGGCUGAGGAAGAAGGGGAGGGGGCGGGGGGACGGGUGCAACGGAAGGAUAAGGGGGAUUAUAUCCUGGAGAACAUAGAUGGUUUGGGGCCGAGGGCGGAAUUUGGGAGGGUAACGGGACCGCCAGUGGCGGUAAUAUUAGGAGAUGAGGAGGUGGGGGUGAAGGGGCAGGUGGCGCUGUUGAGUAUCAGUCAUGAUGGGGAUUAUGCGACGGCGAUUUGUUUGGGAUUCAAGCCCGAUGCUUUCAAUGGGAAUAGGAAUGGGAAUGCAAAAGUCGAGGGAAAGAAGAAGGCCCGGUGA